GUAUGUUUGUGCCACUCUCUGCUCCCCUGUGGCCUCGCCUCCGCCGGCAGCCCCGAGGAGCGCCGCGCCGUCCCAGGUACCGCCGGAGUACUGGGCCGCCGCUGCGCGGCUGCGCCGGGCGCCGGGCUCCAGCAGGCGUCGGUGGCCCGGGAGCGUGCGGCCGCAGGCCCGGGACGUCGUGGACUACACCAAGGAGAUCAAGAGGGCUGCGCAGUGGGAGGACGCGCUGGAGUUGCUCUCGCGCCUGACGAGUGAGGGCCUCAGCCUCGAUGGGAUCGUCUGCAGCGCCGCGGCCGGAGUCUGCGCGCGGGCCGGGCGCCGGGAGGCGGUUCUCUCGCUCGCCCGCCAUAUGCAGUCGGUGGGCUUAGAGCUCUCCGUCCACGAUUGCACCGCGGCCAUCGUGGCGUGCGGGGAGAGCGGGGAAUGGCGCUUGGCCCUGGACGACCUGGAAGGGAUGCGGCGCCGCGCGAUCGCGCCCAGCGACGUCAGCUUCAACGCCGCCGCUCGGGUGUUCGAGCACUCUCAGGAAUGGGCCCGCGCCACGGGCUUGCUGCGGGAGGCCCGCCUUCACGUGCUCGCGAUCGACACCUUCGGGGUGGGCUCCCUCGUCGCUGCCUAUGCGGUGGCGAAGCAGUGGCGGCGGUCGGUGGCGCUGCUGCAGAGCCGCAGCGGGGCCCCGGCGGCACCGCUUGGCCGCCUCAUCAAUCUCAACGCCGUGAUCCACGCCUGCGGCAAAGGAGAGAGGUGGGAGCAGGCGUUCGCUUUGGUGGACAUGGCACGGCAAGAGUCCUGCCUUCCCGACGUGAUCACGCACAACUCAGCGAUGGCUGCCUGUGUUCGGGUGUGGCCGCGCGCGCUGCUCUGCCUCGAGCAGCUCGUCGCCCACAGGCUUUCCCCGAACGCCGCGUCGCAUAAUGUGGCCCUGGUCGCGUGCCGGCGCGGCAGCGGAGAACUCGCGGCGCUCGAGCUGUUGCGCAGCAUGCCAACGCAGGCCGUGCAGGUGGACCUCUGGUCCUUCAGCGCUGCGGCCUGCGCAUAUGCCACCGCGACUCAAUGGAGCGCUGCCGUGAAGCAGCUCGACGGGGCUCGCGCAGCCGCCCUGCGCCCAGACCUGGUCCUCUGCGGCAUGGCGGUGGCUGCCUGUCGCACCGGGCAGCAGUGGCGGGGGGCCGUGGGCCUCCUGGCGCAGGCGGCCUGGUGGCGCGUGGUGCCCGACGCCACCGCGUGCGUCGACACCGCGGCCGCGUGCGGGGCGGGCGGGCGUUGGGAGUCGACGCUGGCCGUGUUGCGCUGGCUCCCGGGCAGGGGCCAGGGUGCUGGCUCCGCCGCCCUGCUGAAUGCCACGGCAGGUGCGUGCGAGCCCCGCGCCGAUUGGGCGCGCGCGCUGGCGCUGCUGGAGUGGGCCGCGAGCGGGGCGGCGGCCCCUGUGCACGCCGCCGCGUGCAUGUCCUGCGCGUCGGCGGGCCAGUGGCGUGCAGCGAUGCGGCUGCUGCGAGACAUGCCCGCGCAGGCCCUGGAGCGGAGCGUGGUGUUCUGCAACAUCGCCAUCGGCGCGCUCGCGAAAGCGGGCGAGUGGCAGAAGUCCCUGGAGGUCGCGUCCGCGGUUCGCGCCGAGGGCCUGGAGGGGGACAUCACCACCUGCGAGCUGACCGCGACGGCGUGUGGCAGCGGCGGGGCUUGGCACGGGGCGCUGGCGGUGAUGUCUCCCGCGUUCGAGGUGUUCGGGCGGCCCCUGCAGAACUCAACGAAGUUGACCCACGGCGUCAACGCGGCGGUCAACGCUUGCGUCAGGAGCACGCAGUGGCACCACGCGCUCGGGCUGCUCCUCGCCAUGGGGCACCGGCGGAUCGCGCCCGACGUCGCGACCUACGGCAUGAUACUGGGCGCCUGGGUGUCUGCCGCGAACGCCCGGCCUGGCGGCAU